AUGCCCGCUGCGCUAGAGGACAAUGACAACGCGAUGGAGGUAGAGGAGCGCUUGCCGCCUAAGCUGCGUAAAGGUUGGAUCAGGAAGAGUUUCGGGACGCUACGGGACGUCUACCAGCGCGAUGCGGGAGACGCGCUAACAGUUUCCCAUAACGAGGCGGGCGUGGCAGGCGAGCGCGACGAUGCGCGGAUGGACGUGGACGAGGUUGUAUUUGCCGGGGCGUCGAGCGUAGAUGACUGCGAAGUAAACUUGAUCGUUCCCAAACACAUCUCGCUCAUCAACGGCCAGCGCGUCAAGGUCGGCCGCCAGACCAACGCCAAGACCGUUCCCGCCGAGCGUAAUGGGUACUUCGACUCGAAGGUGCUCUCGCGCCAGCACGCCGAGGUGUGGGAGGAGGCUGCCAAGAUCUUCAUCAAGGACGUGAAGAGCACUUUCAUCAACGGCGAGCGCCUCAGCCCCGAGGGCGUCGAGUCCGAGCGCUUCGAGCUCAAGUCGGACAAUAUCGUGGUUCUCCCCCUCGGCGUCACCCUCCACCGCCUCUUUGUCCAAGCAGAUACCAAGGCAUGUACGCUCCCCUCUCCCCACCCACGCGCUCUCACCCGUUCACAGACGCACAACAUCCUCAUUGGCCCCGAGCUCCCCGCUGGCCACCUCACCCAGAAGUACACAAACACCAUCAUCGGCCGCUACGCCAACCGCGUCCCCGCAGGCACACACCCCGUCUCCCGCGCUGGCGUCCAGUCCUCUCUGACCGCUGCCUCCAACGAGUCCCCCUCCAUCUCCCUCCACGGCGGCCUCUCCGGCUGGGACCUCGCCCCCUGGGAUCCCCUCCCUGACCUCUCCGCCGCCACCCUCUUCUCCCCGACGAGCAGCAAACCAUCGCCGCAACCCUCCCACACUGACAAGGUCACCCCCAUCAAUCUCACCCAACACUGGGGCUUCAACCUCGACGCCUCGCUCCAGGAUGGCCAGUCUGUCAAAGACCACACCCUCACCAUCCGCUCCUCGAAUACCCUCGAGCUCGCCCCCGACGCCAACUCGGCAGGCAGCCUCGCCCCCGUCGCAGGCACCCACCACGCCCACGCCGAAAAGACGACCCGCACCAUCGGCGAGCGCUUCCCCGCGCAGGGCUACGGUGCGUCCAGCGUCCACUACGAGUUCUACCUGCUCGACAAGCGCGACGCGCCUGCUGCUCCCGUCCGAGUGCCUGCCGCGUCGCUGGCGGGUGCUGGCGACCUGGUGCACGCCGCGCUCGAGGACAAUGGGGAGCCGGACGUUGAACUAGCGAGUGCAAAGAGCGGGUUGAAGCUGCGCUUCUUCUCGAACUACUUUACAGAGUCGGGCGUGCAGUUCUACUCGAACAACUUCUCGAGCCCGGACGGCGCGCAAGAAGAUCCACGGCGGCUCGGGUGCCGUGGGCGAUGGAUACGAGCCAGGAUUGCUACAUGCUCAGUGGUCGCGUUCCUCGAUUUCCAUGGGCUGCUCGCGGCGUGGCUCCACCCUGCGACUGUCGGGCGCAUGGGCAAUGACACGCUGCUCGCGCCAGAUGAAGUGUACAACAACUACAUGUGCCUGGAUGUGUGGUACCACAGUUCGGAAGGGUUGUAG